AUGAAUUCAAUUCAUGGAUUUUUGCGCCGAAUUUUAUCAAAUCGACUGAAUCUAAAUCGCGAUGACUUCUCAUUUGAACUACUUCGUAGCUCUUCAGCUCAAGAGCUAAAAACUUGCGAUAAUCCUAGGCAACAAUUAAUGUGGCCAAGAACAACAAGUAACUAUGAACAUUUUCAUAUUAAUACAACAAAUUUGGAUGGUGAUGAAAUAAUUGAAAUACUCGGUGAAAAUGGUGAAACAAUACGAAACGAUGAAACGGCACUUCUUGGAUUUACUGAAUAUACGUCGGAUGAGUGCAACAGAAUUGAUCCAUCAAUAGCAGAAACAUCAUUGAAUCGAGCAAUUGCUGAUUGCAACACAAUUCGUUGUAAUCCAUUUUUUUCCGAAGGAAUUUUAUUGAAAUGCAUUGAUUCUAAACCAUUAUAUCUUUACUUACAUUAUGCAUUAUUCAAAAAUCCUGAUCAUGAAAUGCGGAUUGCACAGAUUGAUCAAGCAAUUCAUAAAUUAAAUGAUCGACCAAAAUCACAAUUUGGUGCAUACGAUGAAAUUUAUGCAAUUCAAAAAACUUCAUCAAUUUCUGAUUACAAAUUACCAACACAUCGACAUGCUGGUUAUAUUAUUGUAUUAUUUAAACUUCUUGAUGGACAAACUAAGCAUAAAAAUCUUGAAAAGUCAUGGUUAAAUUGGUCAGGUGCAAGAGAAAUUUACAAAUAUUCACCAAGAAAUUGGAAUUUGCGACGAAUUGUAUUACAUAAAUUACCAGUAGCAAAAAGCAAAAACUUUCAUUCAUUUGCGUAUGUUUUAUUUUGUGAAUUUGGAAGCAUCUUAAAUCCAUUAAAUCGCUUACAAGCAUUAGAUAUGGUAGAACGAUUAAGGGUACGAAAUUGUGGUUACAUAUCACUUUAUCAGGUGCAAUGGUCAUAUGGACGUUUAUCAAAUCCUCAUGAAUUAUCAUCCAAUUCACAUCAAUUAUCAGUUUCAGAUGGAAGAUGGGAGAGAAAUCCAAUGUUACGCGGUUUUUCCCAAGAGGUUGAACCAACGACCAAUAUAUCGCAACCUGCUAAUAAUCAUAAAUAUAACGGUCAUUCGACAGCGACACAAAAUGACACACAUUCAUUGUUUCAUAGUUAUCAUCAUUUCAAUGAUUUUGGAUAA